AUGGCUCACGGAAAGAUCAAACUCAUAACCUUUGAUGUCACAAAAACUUUAUGUAAAAUUUCCAGAACUGUUGGGAACCAUUAUUCAGAAAUUGGUGCUAUGUACGGUGUUAAAGCAGAUGAAACAGUAUUAAAUGAUGCAUUCAAGACGCUUUAUUCAGAACAUUGGAAAGCUUCACCUAACUUUGGAGUUCAGGACAAUUCAACACCCUUCAAGUGGUGGGGAUCAUUGGUUAAAGACUGUUUUAAACAGGCGGGCGUUAUCAACGAAGAUACUAAACUAACUCAAAUUUCAAACCAUUUAUACUUAUACUUCAGCACUGAUAAAGCCUGGCAAGUUUUACCUCACGUGAAAGAUGGACUAGAUCAAAUGAAGAAAUUGGACGUUAAAAUAGGAGCCAUCUCGAACGCAGAUGAACGAUUACAUAAGAUUCUGAGACAUUUGGCUCUUCAGCACUACUUCGAUUUCGUGUUGGCGUCUUCCGAUGUUGGGGUAGCUAAACCAGAUCCCGGUAUCUUUACCAAGGCUUUGGAAUUGGCGGGAAUUACAGCCGAUCAAGCUGUCCACGUUGGUGAUCAUGUACAGAACGACUAUCUGGGAUCCAGGGAGGUCGGAUGGCAGUCCUUCUUAAUAUCUAACAAUAAAGAUAUACCUGAAGUUAACCCGGAACACAUUAUACCUGAUAUUCGAGUAUUAUUUGAAAAAUUAAAAGAUAUGUGA